AUGAGAUACAUGGAGACCAGGAACAAUGUGACAGAGUUUAUUCUACUGGGGCUCACACAGAAUCCAAAGAUGCAGAAAGUCAUAUUUGUUGUGUUUUUGAUAGUCUUCAUGGUCUCCAUGGUAGGAAAUGUGCUCACUGUGGUCACCAUCACUACCAGCCCAUUGUUGAAGUCCCCCAUGUAUUUUUUCCUGGCUCAUCUCUCUUUUAUUGAUGCUUGCAAUUCCUGUGUCAAUACCCCUAAACUCAUUGUAGAUUCACUCCAUGAAAAGAAAACCAGCCCUUUCAAUGAAUGCAUGACCCAGAUAUUUGGGGAACAUUUAUUUGCAGGUGCUGAUGUUAUUCUACUUACUGUGAUGGCCUAUGACCGCUAUGUGGCCAUCUGCAAGCCCUUGCACUAUACAACCAUUAUGAACUGGCAGCUGUGUGGUCUCCUAGUGGGAGUGUCAUGGGUGGGAGGCUUUCUUCAUGCAACCAUACAGAUCCUCUUCAUCUUCAGAUUGCCCUUCUGUGGUCCUAACAUCAUAGAUCACUUUAUGUGUGAUCUGAAUCCUUUGCUGGAUCUUGCCUGCACUGAUACCCACACUCUAGGGCUCUUUGUUGCUGCCAACAGUGGAUUAAUCUGUCUGUUAAACUUUCUCCUCUUAGUUGGCUCCUAUUCGGUCAUCCUUCACACCCUAAGGACCCAAAGCUUAGAGGCAAGACGCAAAGCCCUCUCUACCUGUGUCUCCCACAUCACAGCAGUUAUCAUAUUCUUUAUGCCCUGCAUAUUUGUGUACAUGCGACCAGCAGUUACUUUACCUGUUGAUAAAGCAGUUGCUGUGUUCUACACAAUGAUAACUCCCAUGUUAAACCCCUUAAUAUAUACCCUGAGAAACGAUCAAAUGAAAAAUUCUAUUAAGAAACUGUGUAGUAGGAAAGUGAUGCCAGGUGAUCAAUAA